GUAAGAAAGUAGAAUACGAAAGCGGGAAUAUAAUAGAUUUGACUUCAAACUGAGGGAUCGAUGGGUUGUCAGCGUUUUUAUUCACUCAGAUUGGAAGAAUAGCAGUUAGCCGGCCAACCGUGUCGUUCUGGUGACUCUUGUGAUUGUGAUGAUUCUCACAAAUGGACGACAUCAACCUCCAUUAUCGCUUUUUGAACUGGAGAAGGCGAAUACGAGAAAUUCGUGAAGUACGACCAGUACGCUACCGAGAACGUCUGAAAAGAAUGCUAAGGGAUGGCGACGUGCUGAGGUACCAAGGAAACUCAGAUGAAGUCGGCUGUUUUGUAGCGGCGAGGCCAUUAUCAAAAAGAAAACGCUAUUUUGAGGUAACAAUCGUGGAUACAGGAGUGAGGGGCAUGAUUGCUGUCGGUUUAGUGCCUCAGCUCUACAAGCUGGACCAUCAGCCGGGCUGGCUGCCAAAUUCUGUGGCUUUCCAUGCAGAUGAUGGCAAGCUGUACAACGGAAACACUGUCGGACAACAGUUUGGUCCAAAAUGCUGCAGAGGAGAUCGAAUCGGCUGCGGAAUCUCCCUGGAAUCUGAUGAUGGACAGUUGACUGUGUUUUUUACCAAGAAUGGAAAAGAAGUUGGCAGAUUGGACGUGCCGGCCGCCGAGGCUCUCUACCCUGCUGUAGGAAUGCAUUCGCUGGGCGAGGAAGUGCUGCUGGACCUGCACGCCGAAUGGAGGAUGGAGGAUGAUGACGGUCUGAUGAUAGUGGACAGCCAUGAAGAUGACUGGGGGCGCCUCCAUGACAUUAGAGUGUCUGGCACUCUGCUGGAGUACACGGGCAAAGGGAAGAGCAUCGUGGACGUGGGCUUGGCUCAGGCCCUUCGGCCCCUCAACACGCGCUUCCACUACUACGAGCUGGAGAUCACGGACGCCGGCGAGAAGUGUUACAUCGCCCUGGGCCUGGCGCGCAAGGAUUAUCCUAAAAACAGACAUCCAGGUUGGAGCAGAGGGUCCAUUGCGUAUCACGCUGAUGACGGCAAGUUGUUCCAGGGCAGCGGUGUCGGCGACGCCUUCGGCCCACGUUGCUUCGAAGGGGACCUCAUGGGCUGCGGCAUCAUGUUUCCACGAGACUUCAGCCAUGAGGGCGGAGAUGAUGUGGAUGAUUGGGACCUGGAAAUAUUGCCGCAGCCCAGCCAGGUUCAGAACGACUUGUACGCGAGCAAUGACGAUGACGACGAGGAGGGGGAAGACAUGGAGGGAACUAAGGUCACGGUGUUCUUCACCCGCAAUGGAAAGGUGAUGGGGCGUAGGGAGGUGGCCUUACCGGUAGGAGGCUUCUACCCCACUAUCGGCAUGAUGAGCAACGGCGAGAAGGUUAAAGUGGACCUGCACCCCCUCAGCGGCUGAACGCCGACGCGGGACUCCGUCACCUCAUCGUCAACUGGCUGCUGCUUGUAGAGGUCACGUCAGGAUGGAACCGUGGCCUUCUCAUGCUGUAAGAGUCAAGUCACUUUGAUUCGAAACGAUCCAAAUGUUUCUUGAAGUUCUAAUUGUAGCACACAUUGUGGUGUUGAUGUUGGAUAAAAAGAAACAGCAAUCAACUUAUUCCCCUCAUUUAGUCUGCAGCCUAACGCCACAUAAAUGGUGCAUUACCGACACCAAGUGGUGAGAGGCUUGUACUGCAGUUAUUGUUUCACUUCAUUGCCUCAAACUUGGCUUGAAGUCUGGGCCUGUCCAAAAGAACACAACGUUACUCCUACUACUCUUGUAUGGCUACACAACUGAAUUGUGCCCUUAUAGUGGAUGAGCAAUUGUCGAACAUUGUCAAGGUAUGUUGCUGAUGUAGAUGGAUGGACAAAAAUACAUUAUUUUUUCAAAAAAGAGUAAUUUUCUGAUAAUUGUGUAAAAUGUUUUGUGACCUGAUGAUCUCACACUAAUGUGCCACAGCUCAGUGUUUGGGAAACACUGCCCGAACCAAUUCUUUGGAAAAAAUAUAGCUUUAUUUCCCUCCAUUUAGGUGAUUUGAUCCUCUUUGUUUGGUUUGUUUUCAUUUUCUUGGUAUUGUAAUGUUGCUAGUGUACAUGUUAGCAAACCACACAUCAUUUUGCAAGCUUUUUAUCAAAUAGUAAAAGGGAAGAUGUUGAUGGAAGGAUAAUUAAUGACCAAAAACACAAUUGCAAAUGUCUAAAUGUUCUUGACAAUGAAGCCAUAACUAUGACUUAUUGCUCUCAGGUAUAUUUAAAUAUCAAAACCAAUCAUCUUUUUAUUUAUUCAAGUCACAGAUGUUUUCUGCAUUGUGUUGCAUUUUCUUUGCCUUGCUUUUUUUUUUUUUUUCCUCGAAGGGGGGGGUGAGUCCUUUGUGUUCAAAUAAUAGAGGAUUCCCGUUUUUUAACACUAAGAUUUGCUUUCUGUCACCUGCACUUUCAGCAGUUUUUCUGUUCCUCCACAGACGCGCACACAAAGAAGGUUGUUGUAUGGUCCAUCUUGUCCCUCAUGCCACAAACGUGUAUGCCAGGUUCACUGAACACUAAAAUGGGCCUUGGUGUGAUGUAAAUGUGGGAUAGGCUCCAGCUUGGCUGUGGGACCCCUUAGUUGCAUAAGUAGCAUAUUGUAAAGAGUGUGAAUGUUGAAUUUGUUUGUAAAAUCUGCAUCAGAUCAGCCACCCUUAGACUGUUCUGACCAAAGUGCCUGACAAUUGUUGUCUGCAAAUUAGCAUGUACUGUUUAUUCAUGUCAGCAGUUUUCACAGUUCUGUUUAAAAAAUGGCCAAAUGGUGCUAAAGUACACAUUGUCAAAUCAAUCAACCAGGCCAGGCCUUAUGUACGGCUCUGUGAAGCAAUCUAAUAAUGCCCAAAUGUUGUGUAUACAAUAUAUGUAUUAUUGAUAUUUGAUUAUUUACUGGUGCCUGUGUACAUAUUAAAUGUCCUAUUCUGUA